AUGCCAAGAAUAAGCGAGUCGGGGGCUAGCGCUGGCGCCAUUACAAUGUUAUCAACACUGUGGGACAACAUGGAGACCACAUGUGCAUUAGGAGGUUAUCCAGCGCCUCGUCGUAUGAUCACCAAAGCCCGUGCCGACGGCGUCAGCAUUGAUAUUGAUAUGAUCGCUUUCUCCGACUCGCCGCUUCCGGCAUCUGACGCGCCUGCUCUCGUCUCAAAACACUGUACAGCCGUUGAUAACCACACACCAUGGCACCUCCUUUGGCUCCUCAAUGUCCACUCGCAGCGUCGCAAGUUCAUCAUACAAUGGACGGUCAAAACUCUCACUGGCCAGGUGGGCGACUUACCCAAGAGCGCUUUGCCUGCUGGAUUCGCGCUGGAAAUUCAGAAUACCCGUAACGCUAAAUCAAUCAAUUACACAGGAAGGCAAGGUCAGAACCCGCCACUACCCGCCACCCUGAGUAUAUUAGCAAUAAGUCACUGUGAGAUGGUAGAGUCGCAUCAACAGCUUGAUGUCACGAGAGUGGCACUUGAGCGUGCAAAGAGAGAACGUAAGGAAUCACCAAACAAGAAUGCCCUUGACAGGACUGCGAACCAGGUGGAGAUGGUGGACAGCGGGUCUGCGUCAUAA